AUGUUCACCAAACCUUUCAAGACGCACCACAAGCUCGCCGGCGCGCUCGCGUUCGGCCUCCUUUGCGCCUAUGCGUGCGCCGACGACUUCGUCGCGAGACGCGUCAGGGAGAUCGCCGGCGAGCACCGGGCGACGGGCCACCAGGCGCUCUCCCGCUACGAGGCCCACCAGGGGUCGACGUCCGCGUCUCGAGCCCGCCGUCUUGCACACCGGCCAGCCCGCGCUGCGGCUAGACGACAUCUUCCCCGUCGCAGGUCGAAGCUGACGCAUAGGAUCGAUAGACGUGUUAGCUCGGGAGGCGUGGUCUAA